UCAAUUAUUAGCAAUUUGUCAUAAUACAUUAUUCACUGUGUUUCUCUGCCUUUUUUACUUUAAAUCAGGAUGGAUCUACUUCAGUGGCCCCGGUUGUGUCUCUGCCUUUGGUUGCCCCUGGUUCCAGUCAAGUCUGGAUGCCAGAAAAGAUGAAGAAGACCCUUCCUGUACAAGAUCAGAAUUGGGUCUCAUCAGCAUUGUGGAGAAACCAGCGUCUUCGUGAGGACCUCAAACUGUGGUAUGAUCCCCCUACCCCAUCUCUGAUCUACCACCAGCUACCUACUCCAGAGCGCUUCUUCUGCCACCGUCUUCUGGUGUGGAUGCCCUACCAUCUGUGGAAGAUCAGAGUGUUCUGCCCCAAAUGUGGAGGACAUCUCACAGGAGGAGGUGUUCACAAGAGGGCACGUCAGGUAUUAGACAUUGACAGGAACUACCUGAUGAUAACAGAGACCCUCAGAUGCAGCAACACUGAAUGUAAGGCAACCUACACAUCAUCAGGCAACGCAAUAUUGGACCAGCUGGACCUCCCUCAUCGGUCAGAGUUCCGCAUCAUCCUGACACGCAAGUAUGCAUGUGACAUACGUGUGAUUCGGUUGAUGAGGGAAAGAACAUUGGGAAAUAGCACCACCCGUCUCGCCAAGCAACUGAAGGAAAACCACAGCGAAGAGUGGCUGCAGCGCCUGGCAAGGUACUUUGGCGAGUGUGCAGACUUCAUGGCUCGCCCAAGCCUCCUUCCUGUGGUCUGUCAGGAGCCACCAGAGCCUGUAGCUGUACCUACAAACAGGUGGCUCAUGACAGUGUAUGCUAAGGACAUCAUGAGCAGGAUGGACCACAUUAAAGCCAGAAUCACCUCUGUCUUUGGAAAUAUUCUGAAGAUGGACUCGACAAAGAAGAUCACCAGGAAGCUGUCAGGGGCAGCCAAGGGGACGGCACUCUGGGUGACUUCAGUCAGCAACGAAGUAGGUCAGGUCCUUAUCAGUGUACUGACUGCACAGGAAGGACCUGGCCUUGAUCUGAUGGUUGCAGAUCUCAUUCAGAGAUACAGCCAGGCAUGCAUGCCCCCCCCGACGGUCCUCUAUGUGGACACUGGCUGCUGCAUGGACGCAGGUGGGCAGACAAAACUCCAGCAAAGAUUUGGUGGAUGGCCAGACCUCAACAUCCGUCUGGACAUCUACCACUUCAUGCGACGGCUAGCAGCUGGUUGUACCACAGACGCCCAUCCACUCUACCCCAUUUUUAUGGCACGACUCUCUGUGUGCAUUUUUGAAUGGGAUCCACAGGAUGUCACCCUUCUGCGUCGGUCCAAGAGGCUGCACCUGCAGCAGGAGGGUGUGCCUGGCAUUACCGAUGCAAUGGUAGACAAAAGCAUCUCCAAGGAGGAGCUUGCUCUCCAUUGCAGAAGGAGGACCAGGGGAGAGGAGACCACCAUCAAUCUCAUCGAUCACCUUCUACAAGAGCUGAUGGGGGAAAAGGGAAAAGACCUGCUGGGUGUUCCACUCCUGGACAGGGUCAGAAUGGAGCAUAUCUGGCAUGUGCAAAAGAGACAUGUGAAGUGCAUCCAAGAUGUCCCAGGUGUGGCUCUAUACACUGAGACCGGCACUACCACCACCAAGGAGGGCCAAGUUUUAAAAAGGUACAGGUGUGCCAGAGGCUCAACAUCCCUGGAAUCCUUUCACCUGCACCUCAACAGGUUUAUCCCAGGCACACAGGCCAACAGCCUGAAUUUUCAGCUCUUCUUGCUGGAAGGACUGAACCGGUGGAACCAAGACAGGGCUGCACAGUCUCUUGCCAUCAAGCCAUCAGAUCUUUUCAGCUACUCUGGAGACCUUGUCCAAAGUGUCAACAUCAAUAGCUUGAAGGUGCUUCAUCGAAAGUAUGUUCCAUCUUUCCAACCCCCGCCCCAGUACACCGGAGAGCUCAUUGGUAUUGACUACCUGUAUAGGCAGACAGGUCAGCCCGUUCAGGACACCAACCCAGACUCUGAGGAGACAGAUGAGCUGUUGGAGGACCUGAACAUUGAGGAGGAGCUGGAAGAUGAAGGCUUUUGUGGUGAGGAUCUGGAUCUUACAGUUGGAAGCCUUGUGACCUCGGAGUCAUUCCCAGUCUUGCCUGCAGCUGCCACCUCCCAGCCUGCUGCCACUACUACCACUGCCUUCAUCCAGUCUGUAGCAGUCACUGCCUCCGCCUAUACCGCUCCUCUGCCUAGAGCCUCCCCUUCAUCCACCCAGGCUGUGUCAAGUUUUAUUACUGCCUCCUACCGUUCAGCAGCCGUCUCUGCAGCCACCUCAGCCUCUGCCGCCACAAAGCCUGCAGCCACCUCAGCCUCUGCCGCCACGAAGCCUGCAGCCGCCUCAGCCUCUGCCGCCACGGAGCCUGCAGCCACCUCAGCCUCUGCCGCUACGAAGCCUGCAGCCACCUCAGCCUCUUCCGCCAUGAAGCCUGCAGCCACCUCAGCCUCUGCCGCCACGAA